AUUGCCAUGUGAUUCAGAUUCGAAUGAAAAAAUUCAUUGUUUAAAAAUUUUCAUCAACGACAACAACAACAUUAACAACAACAAUGAUUCUAAAUUCUUUAUUCCGCAUUCUAACAACUCGAACUACAAAUAUUUCGAUGGUUUCAAAUCUUAAUCUAUUACAGAAACGUCAUCUUAAUCUAAUACCGAUUGUUGUUGAACAAACAGGUCGUGGUGAACGUUCAUAUGAUAUUUAUUCCCGAUUAUUGAAAGAACGAAUUAUUUGUCUGAUGGGACCAAUCAAUGACACGUUAUCGUCGUUGGUUAUAGCACAGUUAUUAUUUUUACAAUCAGAAUCAAGUAAAAAACCCAUUCAUAUGUAUAUUAAUAGUCCAGGUGGUGUUGUUACAUCGGGACUAGCUAUCUAUGAUACAAUGCAAUAUAUUCUGCCACCAAUCGCAACAUGGUGUGUUGGUCAAGCCUGUUCAAUGGCUAGCCUUUUGUUGACAGCCGGCACAGCGAAUAUGCGUUAUUCAUUACCACAUUCCCGGAUAAUGAUACAUCAACCGCAUGGACAAGCAGCUGGCCAAGCAACCGAUAUACAAAUUCAAGCAGAAGAAAUUUUGAAAUUGAAAAAAUUAAUCAAUAAUCUUUAUGCAAAACAUUCUGGUUUAGAUUUAGCAACCGUUGAAUCAUAUAUGGAACGUGAUAAAUAUCUAAAUCCAGAAGAGGCCAAAGAAUUGGGAUUAAUUGAUCACAUUCUAUCGAAACCAUUGUCCAAUACACAAACGAAUUUGAACGAUGAAACUGGAAAUUCUAAAUAAAUCGAUAGUUCGAUAGUGGAUAAUAGAUGGCGCUACCGCAGAUAAAAUUUGAAUCUUUUUUCAAUGUGUCAAUGUUUUCUGUCUUUAAAAUUUUUUUUCAAAUUUUUACAAUAAAUUUGG